AUGAAACUUGGUAUCGUGACCGCAGUUUCGUCGAAAAAGGUGUUCACUGUUUUAUGCGGUGAUGAGAUUAUUCGAACUCCACACCAACAUCAUCGCAGUGUAAUUAUCGUUGGAGAUUUGGUUGAAAUUGGUCCACAGAAUGUAAUUUAUUCGGCUGCCGGAAACAGUCAUAAUAUUGAUAGGCGAGACCCUCUCGAGAUUACGAUAACUAAUCAUACUGUAAAGCCAGAGGAAAUCAGCCGAUGCAAAAUGUUUUUCAACCAUCCUUUAUUUGGACGCGCCAAAUUGAAUAAAUUUAAAUUGGAACCAAACGAGAGAUGCCAAAAGAUAUCCCUAAAAUAUGCUCCAGACGAACAUUUUGAGUGGAUCGUGACUAAUAUCGUCGUAGAGCUGGAUGAAAACUUGAUAAAACAGUUCGAUUCGCUUCAUUACACAUUGGUGAAUGAGAGAAACCAAGAGUAUGAAUAUCAGAAGAGCUGUUGGAACGCUAUCGGGCUAUGCAAGCUCGUCUACAUUAAUAAUGAUGAUCCUAUUUAUGGCCGAGUCCCGCACUUUGCACCUCUGAAUAGACUGGAUGAAAGGGCCGCCAAAACUAUUAAAGAAGGUUGCUUGCUUUAUAUAGUCAACGCUAAUGGGCCACGAAAUGCUUCCACUCCGAAGGGUGUUGUCAAAUCGAGCUACGAUUUCUCGAUAAUACUUAAUAACGCCCACAAAGCAUGCCAACUUAUUGUGGGACAAAACUACAGAUUUGAACCUAUAGUUAUAGAAAAGACGUUGAAAUUUUGGAGUUCUAAAAAGUAUAAGGAAAACAACCUCUUUUUGAGAACUUACGACAAAGGGUAUUGCAAAAAUGAGAAACAAUCCAGUGCGCCGCCAAAUGUUCUUCGUGAAGGCAUCGAGCAUCGAGGAAUGAUGCGAUAUCAUGUUGAUGAAUUAACACACUCGAUUGCUCUAAAUUCUGAUCAAAGAAAAGCUUUUGAACUAAGUUGCAACGGAAACAACGAAAUCGUGAUUAUUCAGGGACCUCCUGGAACAGGGAAAUCCAUUACUAUUGUUGAAAUUGCUUGCGAAUGUGUUUUGGCAAAUCUGAAAAUCUUAAUUCUUACACCUUCAAAAGCAUCCAUGUCUCGCUUGGUGGAAUUAAUAGACAAAGACAACCGAUUCAAUCUCGCGGAUGGCUAUGUUGUUUCUCCGGCGAAGCUUGAAGACAUGGUCAGAGAUCAUGAAUUUUAUGAUGAUAUUCUGAAUCUGAGAUCUAAACAAGACAAUUAUGACAUAACAGAUAGUACGUACCGACAUCUUCAAGAUCGCAUAAUGGACUACGAGAAAAAAAUUAAAACCGACAUAUUGACCAAAUCUAAAAUCGUCAUUUCGACAGUGAACAACUCAAUUGUGCAAAUAAGUGAAGCUGCUGAGUUUGUGGCACAUGUCAUACUUGUAGAUGAAGCUGCACAAGUUCCUGAAGCGCAGUUCUGGAACAUGGUACGUGGCAAUCAACGCGUGGUUCUUGUCGGGGACCCUCAACAAUUGCCGGCUUUCGUCAGAACUGAAUCGGCAAAGAAACAAGGAAUGGCGGAAUCGUUAAUGGAGAGGCUCUUAUUGAAAAGAUCUCAAUUUGCUUUCAUAAUGUUGAGAAGACAAUACAGGAUGAAUGAAAGAAUAAUGCGAUGGAGCUCCGAUAAUUUUUAUUUCGGCAAUCUUGUUGCUGACGAUUCAGUAAAGAAUUUAGCCAUAAAACAGCGACAUAGAGAAAUUCGAGCUUUUCCAUUUCUCUUUUGUAACACAGAUAGCGAAAAUGAUCCUGAAAUUAAGAAAAUGAUGGUUGAGAAGUCUGAAAAUGACUCGUUCAUUAAUGAAGGAGAAGCUGAUCUUGUCAUCGAUCACCUGAAAUUUCUCUUAAACGAGGGAAUCGACCCUUUUGAAAUUGGUGUAAUUACUCCUUAUUUCGCGCAGGAACAAUUGAAGAAAUUCAGAUAUUAUGAAUUUAUUGCUGUCGAUACCGUCGAUGGAUUCCAAGGCCAGGAACGUCAGAUUAUUAUUUUUUCGAUGGUUCGCAUGAAUAACAAAGGAAACCUGGGAUUCCUAAAUGAUGUGAGACGAUUGAAUGUUGCAAUAACUCGUGCUGCUUGUCAAUUUGUUCUCAUCGGAUCGGCUUGGAUGUUGAGCAAAGCGAAACCCAAAGCUAUUCAAAACCUUAACAGAUAA